AAAACCUUUUCUGGAAACAGUAACUUGAAGACACACAUGAGAAUUCACACAGGAGUAAAACCUUUCACUUGUUCAACCUGUGGAAAGAGUUUCAAUGAAAGAGGGACUUUAACUAAACAUAUGAGAAUUCACACAGGUGAGAAGCCUUUCACUUGUGGGACCUGUGGAAAGAGUUUCAAUGAAAACGGCUUUAACUCAGCAUAUGAUAAUCACACAGGUGAAAAUCCUUUCUCAUGUGGGACUUGUGGAAAGAGUUACAGACAAAAAACGACUUUAACUAGGCAUAUGAGAAUUCACACAGGUGAGAAGCCUUUCACUUGUUCAACCUGUGGAAAGAGUUUCAGUGUAAAAGCGAAUUUAACUGCGCAUAUGAGAAUUCAUACAGGUGAGAAGCCUUUCUCAUGUGGGACUUGUGGAAAGAGUUACAGACAAAAAACGACUUUAACUAGGCAUAUGAGAAUUCACACAGGUGAGAAGCCUUUCAUUUGUUCAACCUGUGGAAAGAGUUUCAGUGACAGAGUUACUUUAACUCGGCAUAUGAGAAGUCACACAGGUGAGAAGCCUUUCUGGUGUGAGACCUGUGGAAAGAGUUUCAGUGUCAGAGGGACUUUAACUCGGCAUAUGAGAAUUCAUACAGGUGAGAAGCCUUUCUCAUGUGGGACCUGUGGAAAGAGUUUCAGGAUGAAACAACAAUUACUUAAACACAAAGAUUCAUAUGGAUGCAAAACAGUGACGUGCGGUGAGACUUUACGAUGUAUAAAUACAGACACCAUGUAUGUUAUUGGUUACUCAGAAAUUUUGCUCAUGCAUACAACGCUGGAGGGCAGAAAGACCGUUCUUUUACACGUCAUCCAUAGCUGUAGUAACCAGGUGAAACUUAGAAAUGUAGGUAUUGUUUCGUGUUAUGAUCCACAG